AUGAAUCCGGCAAACUUCCCCAAUGUGGCUGCCGCUGGCAUGCCCGGGGGUCCCAACCCCCAGGGCCAGAUAAACGCUCAAAACACUCAAGUCUCUCGCCAAAUCCUCCAAGUCUUGCAGUCUCAAGGGCCCUUCUCUGGAUGGCGUGCCGAAGUGCAACCCACGGAACGAGCCAUGAAAGUCUGGCAGAUGAUCUCCUCCCUGCGACUCAUCCAGCCGAAAAUCGAAACCUUCACUGCUCUCCAAGCCGCCCUUUCCUUCGAAGAAAAGGCUUUCCGGGAAGCCAACCAAAAGGAGGAUUACGAAAAAGAAUGCACCAAUAAACUACUCGCAAUCAAGGAAACCCGGACCCGGCAAAAGGCGCUCUUCAACCAAAACGCUUUAAUGCAGCAAAAUGGAGGUCCUGCUGGUGGCAUCCCCGGGGUCGCUCGUCCAAACCAGGUUCCUAACCAGUUCAAUCAGAUGAACCGACCCAUGCAGACUUCUCCAAUUCCCGGACAGAUGCCAAUGCACAUGGGCAUGAACGACCCAAGUCUCAUGCAACAACAGCAGCAACAGCAGCAACAUCGCCAGCAGCAAGGCCUCCCCCAAAAUCAAAUGGGCCAGCAACGCGUUGGACCAGGAAUGCCGAUGAACGAUAAUCUGGCUUUGCUGAGUCCAGCGGACUAUGAACAAGUGUGUCAAUUAGCAGCACAACUGAUCGAAAAGAUGUCUCCAGAGGACCGCGAAAAGCGCAAAGCAGAGGUCGCCCGCAGUCUGAGUAACGAAGCCCAACAGGUUAUUGCACAGAAAUAUGGGGAUCCUUUAACGUACAUGGUACGCGCUCAAACUGCAAGACGUCUCCGAGACCGACGGAACCAGCAAAUGCUUCGUAAUCCUGGAAUGGACCCAAACAACCCCAUGAUGGGCUCGGACGGUAUGAUGAAUAAUGCUGCCCAGCGAUCAAUGGGACCAAACAUGAUGGGCUUGCAGCGAAACGCCGCCAUGCAGAUGAACAACCAACCUGGCCUGGAUACUACUGCCUUCAUAGGAAACGUUGAGAACAUUCAAGGACAGCAAGUGGAUGGGCUUCGUUCCCAAGAAGCGGGCCAGCUUGUUGUCCCCGCCAGCAACGCAUCCAUGAUGGGUCAACAGCCAUUUGCAAACUCGAAUGGCAUGUUUCAGCAGGGCACACCUUCACAGCAGGGAAAAAAUGGUCAACUAGCCGUCAACCGACCUGGUGUCAACCCCCAACAAUUUCUCACGGCGCAGCAGCUACAGAGCGCUCAAAAUGCUCAGCAGGAUCUUCUCCAGCAAACGCCCCAAUUUCAAGCUCAAAACCAGGGGCAAAAUCUAUCCCCCGCUCAAAUACAAGCCCAAGCCCAGGCGCAAGCGCAAGCGCAAGCUCAAGCUCGGGCGCAUGCUGCCCACAAUGCGAAAAUGGCCAUGUCGACACAAGCCGGAGGUCAGAAUAAUGGCCAAAUGAAUCAAAAUAUUCCUCACCGGAGUCCCGCUAUGCCGAUGCUCAACCGUCCAAUUGGUCCUAACAUGUCUCCUGCACAGGGACGACCACCAUCGCGGCCACCUGGGAUGAAUGGCCAACAGCCUGGAGGUGUAGUGCGAGCCCCGAUUCCUCCAAAUCUUCCUCCCAAUUUGCAAGAACGUCUCGCUCAGAUGCCCCCCGAGCAGAUGAACGCAUUCCUCAUAGCCCAGCAGCGCCGUGCUCUAGCAAACAGUCAAGCCAAGGCGAAUGGGCAGUCAAUACCAUUGCAAGCCAACUUCUCUCAACAGUCACAAAAUGGCCAGUUUAAUGAUCCUAAUUUACGUACAUCAAUGGGUUUACAACAACCGCUAAAUGGUAUGGCUGGUGGAUCACAAAACAACCUAAUGAUGAUGCCAGGACAACAACUUUCUCUGCAGCAACAGCAACAGCAACAGCAACUCCUUCGACAGCAGCAAUUGAUGCGCUCGCAAAACUUGCCCUUUGAGAUGAGUCAAGAACAGACCAAUCAGAUGGACCGCGUCCCCUUCCCACCGACGAUGCUUAAUAAUAACUCCAACCUCAAUCCUCCAGUGCCGAAGACUGUCAAAACAUGGGGUCAGUUGAAGGAGUGGGUUCUUCAGAACCCGCAAGUGCUUGGAAAUGUCGACCUGCCUAAGUUACUGCACCUCCAACGGCUUCACCUGGCGCAGACUUUAACACAACAACGAGAAGCUGGGCGAACUGCCGAACAAGCUGGACAAGUCAAUUGGACUGGACACCCACAACAAUUCAUGCACGGCCAAAAUACUCCUGGAGGACAUCCACCUAUGCCAGUCGUGACACAAGGCGAUAUUCAACUUGCGCGCUCAAAACUUAUCCAAGGGAAUCCGAAUAUUACCGACGAACAAAUCAAGGCGCUCAUUAUAAGGAACCGUCAGAGGCACAUGCUAGCGCAGCUGCAAGCUCGGGGCAUUCCGCCGCAAGCUCUAGGUCAGAACCAGACAAUGCAGCAGCACGCGAAUCAGCCCCAGCAAGCCCCAGCCCAAAACCCUGCCGCAGCAAAACCGGCUGCCCCUGCGGUACCAGCCACAGCGCAAGCAAGCCAGCAGGCACCUACAUCGCAGCCACCCAAUGCUAAACCUCAACCCCAACCCACAACAGGUAAAAACUCCAAAGCCGGGAAUGCCGGUACGAAGGCUGCCGCCAAAAAGCGACCUGCUUCGGAUGAUGUUAUCGAAAUUCAGAACCCCAAGGCUCAACAGCCAUCACAAGCUCCCUCCGCUCCGCCACCUAUGGCUACAGCUCCCCGACCUCCAUUGCCUUUCUCCAAAGAACAGUUGGCUGCCAUGACUCCUCAACAACGUGCACAAUUGGAAGCCCAGAUGAAGCAGCGGCAAGCUCGCCCCACAUUGACGAAAGCCGCUGCGGAAGAAAACUGGAACAAAAACCUGCCAGACAAUUUGAAACAUGUGUAUGCCCAAAUGGCAAUGGGCAAGGGUCCUCAGGAAAACAAUUCAGGGCAGUCAAACAUAUCAGCGGAAGACAAGGCAGCGAUGGCGCAACAGUUGCGAGAGUGCACCGAUAUGCUUUCAAGGAUGGAUACUCUUGUCAUGUGGUUGGGCAAAAUUCCUAACCAGGACAAGAAUAUCAAGGCGCUAUUCUCAAUGCGCAACCAACUUAUGAAGCAAUUCAAGGGUGCGGACUGGACGCUGAAUGAUGAGUUUACCGUUGCCCCAGAUUAUUUGAAAAAAUCCAUUGGCUAUAUUAGAGGAAUGUUCACAACUAUGAUUCACAAGGUUCAAAGUCAAAGACCCAAGGCUCCGAAUGCGCUCGCACCUGGUAGUCAACCGAUGGUUACGCCUUUGAAUGCAUCGAAUCUUGAACAAUUACAGCAACAGGAGGAAGCAAAGCGAGCUCGGCGGACGCAGAAUCAAGCUGUUCCUGCAGCUCCAACUGCCACGCAGCCACCAUUUCAACUAGGAGAACUCUCACCGCAGGGCGUGCCUCAAGCCUACGGACCCGGAGGAUUCUCCCCGGACAAGAUGAAAAUUCCACCCUCCAAACGCCGCAAGCAAAGCCAUCCUACAACUCCUGCAACCCCAACAAUUAAUCUCCCUGGACCGCAAACGAAACCCGAGACAUCAAAACAACCUAUGUUUAAAUGUUCAGUGGCUGAUUGCGAAUUCCACCAUAGGGGCUUUAAAACGCAGGUUGAUCUUGAUAAGCAUGUUGAGGAAUAUCACACGGCGAAAGAGCAGAUUGAUGAUCCUUUGAAAUAUGCAUUAGACGGUUUCAAUUCCGCACUUGGUGUACCAGGGCAAGAGACGUUGAAUUUGGAUGGAACGGAUGAAAAGAAGGCAGUUAUCGACAUAUUAUCGGUGGCUGGUUCCAAGCCUAUAAACCUGGCAAAACAGGAAGUCAAGGCCGAGGGAGCGACCCCAACAACUGCCGCCACGACGCCACUAGGAAGGGUGCUGGGGCAAACCGAUUCCAAACCCUCACCUACAACCACUCACCAACUCCUUACUCCGCGGUCCAACGCCUCCAAAAUCGCUAAAGUACCAACUGCGAAACACGCACCCGGGAAGGAUGACAAAGAUGCUGGCAAGGCGGGUGACCCGGCUAUUGCGCCUGAUGACAAGAAUUUGAAGAAUGGCUGGCUGGAUAGUAACGUGUCACUCGACCUUAUCCAGGACGCAUUCGAUGUUUCUAUGAGCGAUGACAUUUUCGGUCUUGGUGGUGGUGAUCUCUUCGACGAGUUUGUCAACUCUGAUAUGUUUAUGGGGCAGGCUGAAGACACCCCUGACUCCAUUGACAGCAACGGGCUUCACACACAGACGCCGGAGGGUGGCGAGAUGGCUAAAGAAGAAACGACCAUCAAUAUCAACGAUACAGACGACUUGCUCCCCGCCGAUUGGUAUAGUCAUCCGGGGCCGAUCCUUAGUCACCGUGCUACCGAUGACCCCUGGGCAGACUGGGAGACUCUAACAAAGGAGUUCUCAGCGGUCCCUCUUGAAGAAAAUUUGACCUUUACAGUCUCAUAA